AAGGAAAUGCGGUCCAAAAGAGAAACUGAAACUUAACGGCCAUUUUAAAAACUGAGGAGAAAGAAUCCCCAGGAAAGAAGGAAUUAAAUUAAAUAUUAAAAACGGAGUAAACCGUCUGUUGUGGAGUGGAACUGAGGUCUGCCAAUUUGGGUCAGAACCCACUUGUGAAUCUGAUCUGGUGUGUUCAGGUUUCCUGAAACAGGGGGCGCUGUUUCAAAAAUGAGUUACUCAGAGGAGACCGAGACUGACGAUGGAACCCACGGCCUUGCGAGAAAGAGGGUCCAGGUAGAUAGGGCUGGGUCACCGGUACCCAGCUGUCUGUCUAUGAAGAGUGACCGUUCAAUGGAUCCUCCAAUCAAGUUUGGUGCAGAGUUCACAGGUGAUCAAAGGGUCCAGGUAGAUAGGGCUGGGUCACCGGUACCCAGCUGUCUGUCUAUGAAGAGUGACCGUUCAAUGGAUCCUCCAAUCAAGUUUGGUGCAGAGUUCACAGGUGAUCAAAGGAUCCACUGCUCACCGGCGUCCAACCGUCUUGUAGAGAGGAGUUCAGAGAAACUCUUCUCAAAACAGCUGACCAGCAGCCCUGUGAAGCAGAAGGAUCUCGCUGACUCACUGGAGAGAGAUGAGCAGCACAAUAAAUCCAUAGAAAGAGCCCAGAAGGUGCUGAAAACUGCUCUGAAGAAGAAGUUUGAAUGCAUAUUUGAAGGUUUAGCAAAGCAGGGCCACCCAACCCUCCUCAAUGAGAUCUAUACAGAGCUCUACAUCAUCAAGGGGGGACAUGGGGGGAUCAAUGAUGAACACGAGGUCAGACAGAUUGAGACAGCAUCCAAGAGAAACACCACACAGGAGACUGCAAUUCUCUGCAAUGGCAUCUUUAAGCCUUUACCUGGACAAGAGAGACCCAUCAGAACUGUGCUUACAAAGGGCAUCGCUGGCAUUGGGAAAACCGUCUCUGUGCAAAAGUUCAUUCUGGACUGGGCAGAAGGAAAAGCCAAUCAGGACAUUGAUUUCAUCUUCACUCUUCCUUUCCGAGAUCUGAAUCUGAAAAAGGAGAGGAAAUUCAGUCUGAUGCAGCUUCUGCAGCACUACUUUCCACAACUGAAAGAGAUCAAGAGUAUUGAAGGCGAUAAAGUGAAAAUUGUGUUUAUCUUUGAUGGUCUGGAUGAGUGUCGACUUCCUCUAGAUUUCCAAAGCAAUAAGAUCUGCUGUGAUAUAACAGAGUCAUCAUCAGUGGAUGUGCUGCUGACCAACCUCAUUCUGGGGAAUCUGCUUCCCUCUGCUCUCCUCUGGAUCACCUCCCGACCAGCAGCAGCCAAUCAGAUCCCUCCUCAGUGCGUCCACCAGGUGACAGAGGUACGAGGGUUCAAUGACCCACAGAAGGAGGAAUACUUUAGGAAGAGAAUCAGAGAUGAGAAAAAGGCCAGGAGAAUUAUCUCACACGUAAAGUCAUCUAGGAGUCUGCACAUCAUGUGUCACAUACCAGUCUUCUGCUGGAUUUCUGCCACUGUACUGGAGACAAUGUUGGGUAAAGAGAGUGGAGAUCUGCCCAAAACUCUGACUGAAAUGUACACACACUUCCUGCUCAUUCAGACUAAUGUGAAGAAUGAGAAGUAUCAUGGCAAUGGUGUGACAAACCCGAAAAUCUCUGAGUCAGAUGGAGAAAUCAUCCUGAAACUGGGGCAGCUGGCUUUUCUACAGCUGGAAAAGGGCAAUCUGAUAUUCUAUAAAGAGGACCUGAGAGAGAGUGGCAUUGAUGUCAGUGAAGCUUCAGUGUACUCUGGGGUGUGCACAGAGAUCUUUAAAGAGGAGUGUGGGUUGGGUGAGGAGAAGGUCUACUGCUUUGUGCAUCUGAGCAUUCAGGAGUAUCUGGCUGCCUUGUUUGUGUUUCAUUCAUGUGUGAAUGAGAACAGAAAUGUACUCAGAGCAGAAGAAUCAAAACCUCGCAGUGACGGAGUGCAGCUGUCUGAGUUACACAGGAGUGCAGUGGAUCAGGCCUUAGCGAGUAAGAACGGACACCUGGACCUUUUCCUCAGAUUCCUUCUAGGCCUCUCUCUUGACUCCAUUCAGACUCUCUUAGGAACACUGCUGAUGCAAACAGGAGGCAGAUCACCUGUACCAGACCCUCAGACACAGACAGGAAGCAGAUCACCUGUACCAGAGCCUCAGACACAGACAGGAGGCAGAUCAUCUGUACCAGACCCACAGACAGGAAGCAGAUCACCAGUGCCAGACUCACAGACAGAGAGCAGUUCAAAUAGCAUUAGGGAAACAGUCCAGUACAUUAAGGAGAAGAUCAAAGAAGAAUCUUCAGCAGAAAGGACCAUCAAUCUGCUCCACUGUCUGAAUGAACUGAAUAAAAACACUCUAGUGGAGCAAAUGAAGAAGUUCCAGAGAUCAGGAAAACUCUCUAAUCAAAAGCUGAAUCCACAGCAAUGUUCAGCCCUGGCCUUUAUAUUACUGAUGACAGAGGAGGUCCUGGAUGAGUUUGACUUGAAGACCUACAACACAUCAGCAGCAGGUUAUCAGAGACUGCUACCAGUAGUCAGGAACUGCAGGAAGGCCAUCUUCCUUCUUUAAGGCUCCCGGUCUCCGCUUUUAAAACCCCAGGCUCACUGUUGAACAAUCAGAGGCAAUCAGCGCAAUCAACAAUUAGCAAUUAUCGGCGCGGAUUACCUCCACCUGACAGCUGUGACGUUGGAUCCGAGAGCUGCUCCUGUCACUCUCUCUCUGCAGCCAACGCCAAACCACUCCCACCCUACCACAUCACUUAUCCAACAUGUAAAAUGUAUUUUAUUAGAUUUAAUUUACGUAUUAUCAUUAAAGAUUCCAGUUAUUAAAUACAUCAUGAAUUCCUUGUUUGACAAGCCAAUGUGAUGGAUCAAUAAUGGUGCAAACAUACAACUCACAGAUUUAAAUGUAGAGAGGGUAUAGUAUGUUACAGUAUUAAUAUGAACAUAUUCCCCAUCAAAUAAAAAAAUACAAGCUACACUUCCUUUACACAAAAUUAGACAGACAUGGAAAAUAAAUAAUAUAAUUGUGAAAAAAAUGAAUGAAAGGUACCGCAGAACCACAGCUUGUCUGUCCCACUGUGACCCAGGAUGGUAAAAUAAGCAGCUAAAGAAUCAAGACCAGAGAUCCAAGACUGUGAUCAAAAAAGACCAAGGCAGGGCUGAGAAGCAAGGCAAAUGGCACAAGAUCAAAGGCUCAGUUUUGCUUUACAGACCAAC